AUGGAACGAAUUGGGUCGGAUUUGAUACCCACAAAUAGGGCAGGAAUAGCAGAUGAUGAUAAAAGCUCUAAUCGUGCACGGUUAGCUAUUGAGAUUGCCAUGAAAUGUUCUGGAUUGCCCAUGUCAAUAGUUACAACGGCAAAGGCAUUGAAAAACCAAAGCGACUCAGUUUGGGAAGAGACCCUUAAAACACUUGAAAGGAAAAAGCUUACAGGAACAUCUGAAUAUUCUACAAAGUUGAGUUAUCAACUUUUAGAAAAUGAGGAACUCAAGCGUAUCUUCUUGCUUUGUGCUUGUUUGGGUCAAGAUGCAUUGGUCUCAGACUUAGUGAGAUUAUGCAUUGGUUUGGAUUUUCUUGAAGGCGUCUACACAGUAAGAGAUGCCAGAGAUCAAGUGCAAAUGUUGCUUAUGCAUUUAGAAGAGUCAGGUUUGUUGUCUAACAGUUAUUCAAAUGAUCGUUUCACGAUGCAAAACCUUAUUCGCAAUGCAGCUUUGUUGAUAGCAUCAGAAAAUAAUGUGUUCAUGCUGGCGAAAAGAAAGCUAGAUGAAUGGCCUGAUGAUGAUAAACUCAAGCGAUACACUGCUAUUUUCUUACAUCAAUGUGAUGUUGAGUUUCCUAAAAAUUUAAAAUGUCCUAAACUGAGAGUAUUUCAUUUUCACAAUAACCAUCAACAUUUCAAAAUACCAAAAGACUUUUUUGGAGGAAUGAAAGAACUUAGAGCGUUGGUUCUGCUUGGGAUUGAUCUCUCCGAAAUGUCUUCAUCAAUGAAAUACCUAACAAAACUCCGAAAGCUUUGUUUGGAGGAAUGCAUAAAUCUAGAUGAGAACUUAUGCAUCGAUGUUGGCAAGUUUAUGAAGAAUCUAAGAAUUCUAAGCUUUUCUGGAUCUGAUAUUAAAAGCUUGCCCACUGAAUUUAAGGAUUUGUCAAAGCUGCAAAUUCUUGACUUAAGUAAUUGCUCCCAACUAAAAUCAAUUCAUGCUGGUGUAAUAUCUAGCUUGACUAAUUUGGAGGAGUUGUACAUGAGAAACACUUUGGUUGAAUGGAGGGUGGAUAAUAAUAGAGAGGAAACUGAAAACAAAAAUGCUAGUCUUUCGGAGUUGGGACAUCUAAAUCAGAUAACAAAUGUUGACUUACAAAUCCCAAGUGUUUCCCAUUUGCCAGAAAACUUGUUCUUUGAUAAACUGCAUAGCUAUAAAAUUGUAAUUGGCUCGUCAAGUACACAUUUGGAGCCAGAUUUCAAGAUUCCGGAGAAAUAUCAACUGUUGAGGUAUUUGGCAAUACUGGAGAAAGAUGUUGGCAUUCAUUCUCAGAAAGGGAUCAAAAUAUUGUUUGAAAGGGUUGAGAAUUUGUUGCUGGAAGAACUCAACGGUGUCCAAGACAUCUUUUAUGCACUGAAUUUGAAAGGGUUUCCAUGUCUUAAGACUUUGUCCAUUGUGAGUACUUCUAGCAUUCGAUAUUUGAUCAACCCACAGGAGAGGAAGCAUCCUGAGAACGCUUUUCCGAAACUGGAGACAUUGCAAAUCUACAAGCUCGAUAACAUGGAGCAACUAUGCUCUCGCGUGUCACUUUCAUCAUCCUCAUUUUGUAAACUGAAAGUUGUCAAGAUUAAGCUUUGUGGUUCAUUAAAGAAUGUCUUUUUAAUGUCUAUGGUCAAGCUUUUGGUUGCUCUUCAAACAAUUGAAGUUUCGGAAUGUAACUCUCUAAAGGAGAUUGUGUUUGCGGAAGAUCCACAAGAUGCUAAUGCGUCGAAGUCUCUUAAGUUUCAAGAAUUACGCACUUUGACCUUAAAAUCAUUACCUGAGUUUCAUGGAUUCUGUUCCAUUUCAUCUACAGCGCAACAAAAAGUAUUGUUGGAUGAACAGGUUGAAUUCUCAAAAUUAGAGAGAUUAGAGUUGUGCUCUAUCCAAAUCCACCAAAUAUGGAAUGGCAAAAAUCCUCCUUUUGGAAAAUUGGUACACUUGGAAGUGAAUGGUUGUGAUAAUUUAAAAAGUUUGUUAACAUUGUCUAUGGCUAUAAAUAUGAAGACUCUCCAAAGUCUAUCUGUCAGCGAGUGUGACAACAUGAUGCAUAUUCUUCUCAACGAGAACAGCAAUGAUACUCAAAGUGAAAAGAAGGUUACCAUCUUUCCAAAUUUGAAGAGUAUUAAAGUGAGAAGCAUGAAGACUUUGAGUGGGAUAUGUGAUAAUAAAUUAGAACUCCCAAAAGCCUCUUUCGAAAAGUUGGAGAGCCUAGCCAUUGAUGAGUGUCAUAAACUGGACCAUGUUUUCACUUCUAAUGUGGUGGGAAUAUUUCAGCAUGUAAGCAACUUAAGCGUUACCAAUUGUAAGUCAAUGAAAGCUAUAUUUGAGACAACGGCUUCAGCUUGGGAAAAGAAGCGAACUUCUAAGGAUGCAACACCCAAGUUGCAAGAUGUUCAUUUUGAAUCACUUCCAAAAUUAGAGUAUAUGUUCAACAUGAAGAUAAAACAGCUUGAAGAGAUUCUUAAGUUAAACAAUUUGCAUAAAAUAUGGGUUCAAGAUUGUAAAAGGUUGGAAAAUAUAUUUUCUGCUCCUGUCGCUAAAACACUUGAAAAUAAUCUUGAAGAGCUUGUGGUCUCGGAUUGCUCUCAAUUGAGGGAAAUUGUUGCCAAGAAAAAAGAAGAAGAUGCCAGCACACUGAACAACUUGUCUAUUGAACAAUGUGACAAGUUAGAACCAUUCAGAGAAGAAAUCAUAGAUGAACAAACAAAGCCUGCCCUCUUUCCUGAAACGGUAAUGAACAAUUUGAAGUCAAUUCAAAUUGAGUGGAGACAUGCAACGUCAUCGACUAACUAUGAUUAUCGAAGGGACCAUCUAGAAGAGCUUCAAUUAUCUAGACUGAAGGAUACUAAAAUUCUGUAUUCUUUCCUUUAUAGCAAUCCUAAUAUGAAGAAUCUAUGCUUGAACGAUGCUUCUUUUGAAGAAUUGGUGCCUCUUGAAAGGCUUGCUAAGAUUGAAAGCUUAGGUGUUGUCCCACAGCUGAAAAGCUUGAAGCUAACAGAUCUACCUUAUCUUGAGAACAUUGGCUUCGAAAGAGACCCCAUUCUUCAAAGGAUAGAGUCAUUGGUUUUUCAAAAUUGCCCAAGUUUGAAAACCAUAGCACCUUCUGAUGUAUUUCUCUCUAACUUGACAAAGCUUGAAGUGGUUAACUCUGGCACAUUAAAAUAUUUAAUGUCACCAUCAACUGCUAGAAGCUUGGGUCAACUCAACACCAUGAAGGUAAUUAAUUGUGAAUCUCUUGAGGAACUUGUAUCAGAGGAAGGACAAGAAGAUCAUAAAGACAAUGAUGACAUCAUUUUCAAACAAUUGACGACAAUUGAACUUGUGUCUCUCAAGCGCCUGGAAAGCUUUUGCAGGUCCAAGAGUUGUGCGUUUCAGUUUCCAUCAUUAGAGAAAUUUGUGGUGAGUGCUUGUCCCGAAUUGAAAAGUUUCUCCCAAGAAGAACACAUGAAACCGCCGCCCAAGUUGGGAAAAGUAUAUGUUGUCCAUGAAAAAGACAAGGUGGAAGCGUACUGGACAAACAAUUUACAAGAAACAAUACGAGAUAUAUUCAACAAAAAGAUAUUUUUCAAAGGCAUGGAGGAAUUAAGUGUUUCUGAUGAUCUUGCUCAUCUACAACAACUAUGGCAAUGCAAAGGAGAAUUGUUUAACAAUUUGAAAACUUUGAAGCUGAGUGAUUGUGAGUUAGAACCAUACGCAAUUCCAUCAAAUGUUAUUUUCAGUUUCAAGAACUUAAGAGAAUUGGAAGUGGAUAGCUGCAAAAAAAUAACAGGAAUUUUUGAAAUGAAUGAUACUGAGAUCAAGGAAACAUCGUUCCAACUGAAGAAGCUAACUUUGAAAUGGCUUCCAAAUGUGAAACAUGUGUGGAACCCGGAAAAACAAGGAAUUCUCAGCUUCAAAAGUCUACAAAUAGUGACUGUCAAUGGCUGUGAGGAAUUGAGAACUCUAUUUCCUAUAGCCUUGGCCAGAGAUCUUAAGAAGCUUGAGGAACUUGAUGUUAGAGGAUGUGAUGAGUUAUCCAAUAUUAUAGAAGGUGGAACUGUUGAUGAAGAUCUUGUGUUUCCUUGUUUAACCACAUUGGCAUUGUGCUAUUUGCCAAAUCUUACUGGCUUUUGCUCUCAGAAGUUCACUCUGCCUGAGUUAAAUUGCUUAGUGGUAUAUGAUUGCAAUGAUCAACUGGAGCUAUUUCAGAGUCAAGGAGAGGAAAAUCAAAACAGCACUUCAACUGCUAAGCAACCACUUUUCAUGAAUAUAACGGUAAAUAAUUUAUAUUGUUAUUCGUUAUAA